ACCACCACCACCAUCACCAACCCCACCUCCACUACCAUCACCAAACCCACCUCCACCAUGAUCACCAACCCCACCUCCAUCACCAUCACCACUCCCACCUCCACCACCAUCACCAACCCCACCUCUACUACCAUCACCAAACCCACCUCCACCAUGAUCACCAACCCCACCUCCACCACCAUCACC